UACGUCGUCUGUGAAAGUUUCAACUGGUCUAGCUAUCAUGUUUCAUGUGACUGUAUGUCAUGAAACAUGAUAGAUCAGACCGACGGACAUACAGCGGAGCCUUAGUAAUUUAGGAGGCUUUUUUUCAAACUUGGGAGCAAAACCAAAACAAUUUCAUCAUAAGAAGUCUAUAUCGUUUAAACCUCUUCUCAUUUCCAGAAGCAAACCACCCUAUAUCAGAACAGCUCCACAAAUCUCUUCUCAAGGUCAACGCCUUUCUAGAAGAUGUCCAACAGAAAAUAAGGAACCAGAGAGAGAAUUUAAGAAGCGUAGAUUACCAGCAACAGACGGAACAAGAAUAUAUGGACUAUACCAUCACCGACUUCUGGUGGCGAGGACCACCUGCCACAGGGACCAUUACACCAAGAACCUCAUUCCUACCGAUGCCAGAUUUUUCAGGAAUAUUCGUCACACCAUCACAAUCGUACAGCUUCGAACCUGAAAUUAUAACAACCGAGUUUAAAGUUAUACGUGACAGUCCAUCACCGAGGACCUACCCCAAAGGAUUCACUCCAUCUUUCACCUUCGAAGAGACACUAGAUUAUGGUACGACCCACUUAAGCUCGUAUCAGCCACGGCAGCCAGGGCCUGGGGUUUACUUAGGACCUUCAGGAGAAAUGCCGUUGACUCCGGACACGACCUUCAUCCCCACCAGGAAUACUAAGACAACUCCUUAUCACAGAGCAAAAUUGACCUUGAAGUCAAGCACAAAAAAGCCCAUCGUCUACGUUACUCUACCAACUACACAAGAACCAGAACAUUUCAAUACAGAUAAAGAAGCUAAUAUUAAUGGAGGUGCAAUCACAGAUACAGCAAUAAGUUAUACUGAGGUUAAUACUAACGAUCCUCCUUAUGAACAGGGACCUUUACCGCCAGAACAACACCAUGAUGUUACGCCUGGUCUUAACACGAACGACCCCCAAUUCCAACCGGGACCAUUCCCACCGGGACCACUGCCCCUGGAUGAGGACAAAGCGUAUCUAACCCCGAUAGCUAUGAAUACGACGAAGCAUCCGCAUACUCUGCACCCUAACAUUAGUAAAUUUGUUCAGGAAUGGUUGUUUGAGAAAAUUAAUGCAUCAGAAUUCAACCCUGAAUUAGUGAAUUUAUCAAUUUUCAAUCCGUCGCUAUCUACGUGGAUAUUCUAUCAUCCUGAAAUUCAUUCGUAUACGCCUAUUUUUGAUACAACCACUGAGACAGAGCCUGAAUACUUAAGCGAAACACCAAUAUACUUCACCCCCAACUAUUCGGCCCCGGGAGUGGAUCCAAGCGAACUGCAACGGGAAGGUAUCAUCAGCACACCGGACGGACCAACAGCCACUGGUAUCCAAGAAGGAAUGAUAGUAGAAGAUGCUCAAGGGUUCCCGAAGUUGGGCACGUCGCCAAUUACAGAAGAGCCUCUGAGGACGACCAUGGUUGAUGGUAGACCAGCGAAUAUUCCUGAGGGAGUUGAGUUUUCUACUCCGUCUACUGCUGGCGAUGUAUUACAAGGCAAAAUAACCGAGGAGAUUACGGAGGAUCCUCUUAAACUCUACCUAGACGAUAUAUACAGCGAAGCAGACCGGUUAGGAAUGGGGUACAUGAGCGUCUUCCUUGUACGAAUAACGAAGCUAGUCGCCACGGCGAAGAAGGAGCACAUACAACCGGUUCUGAUGCAUACGGAGCAUACACUUACGAGAAUGUUUGACGAUGCCCGUCUCGCGUAUCUCGGACAGCCAUUAUUAAGAGUCACUAUGAGUCUGGCAAUUGGUAUCGCAGCACCAGAAUUAGAUGAAUUACAGAGUUACGCCAGCAUGGUGUACUUCAUGUUGCUAAACAGGAAGAAGACCGGCGCGGUCGAUGUGAACUCCAUCAUGGACUACGCUGAUACCCUGUACACCGAUGAGGAUGGGGAGUCACUCUUCAUGGCCUUGAAGCAAUUUGAGGACUUCCCAAACACUACAAUGCCAGGAAAAAUGAUUUGUGAGGUCCUCAUCGAAGCUUUCAUGGCGCCUCACAAACGUCUCAAAGGAACUGAGAGAGGGCAAAGAUUAAUAGACUCUGUUAAUUUUGCAUUAGAGUCUAGAUUCCCGCACCUCAAGAAUGUAAGGCGGCAUUGGAAUUUUCGGAGUAUGAAUAAUGGUCCAAAAUCACCAAUCUCAAAAACAUCCCACAAACAACGACACCACGGAUUCAACAACCGGAAGGCAUCAUUACGAAGAAACAAGAACAACAACUCCGAUACCACACAUCGUCCACACAAACGAAGCAGAAUUGUCAAAGACCCAACAGAGAAACUACACGAUGAAUAUAACUACGAGAGGUUAUUACGGAGGAAUAUGUACAAACCAAACAGUCUUGAGUUACAAAGUGAAAGAGACCGGACAGCGACGACGACCAACACACAAAAGAGAUUCAAUAUCAUAACACCAGGAUACAACAUGCAACCCGCAACGAAGUCAACGAAAAAAACGACAACAACGCCAUGGGCUCAAACCUUCCCGCAUUUAGAAAUGAGGAGAACAACCGACUAUUACUACGAAUUAAAGAAAACAGGUUCGAAACCAGGCUAUCGAACUGAGAGCAGAACGACAAAUUUACAUCAAAAGCCCAGCCAAAUUUACAAGUCUAACGACAAAACCACAAGUGCAACGCGGAAAAAACGAAAGUUGGAGACAACAAAAAGACUUGAUUAUAGACGAAGGCAUAAACAUGAAAAGUCGUCGAAAGAGGUAAAGAAUGAUUUGUUAAGGAUGAUCGUUGAAGGGUCCAGUUACAGUGAUGAAGAAGAGGCGCUCAAACUGAACCUGAUAAGUGCCAUGAUACAUGGGAACAGGACGUUUGAAAGGACGGAGAUUAAUGAGACCAUGCUGAGAGCGUUCCUGAAGGAGCAGGAAGAGUUACAAGGUAUCCCAAGCGAUGAAACUAAUAGCUUGAACGACCCUCACAGUACUGAUGGUAAAAAGAACACCUACCAAAAAUAUAAAAUAGAAUACUAACAUUCAAAUCAAACAGUUAGUCAGUCACCGCCCGAGCAGACUUAUUGCAAUCAUGGCCCUAGAUCAGGCCUAGAACUCUGCUAUUUACAACGGCCAAUGAAUGAAUGA